UGCAAUUGCUCAGGAAGGAUCCGGCCAGUCUCCGGAGGAGAGCUGAGCUGCAGUUUCUGUCGCCUGUCAGGGGGGCGAUGACUAGGGGGCCAGCUGCUUGCUAGGCAGCACCCCGCCGGGAUCCGACUGCGUUAGUUAGCUCUCCCAGUCACCUGAAGCAAUCACCAGGCCCCUCGUUUCCGGUACAGACCAGCCAGCUGUCCCCAGGAAUCUCAUCUGAACAGAACCAUGGGGCACCCCCCGCUGGAGUUCAGCGACUGCUACCUGGACAGCCCUGAUUUCCGCGAGAGGCUCAAGUGUUAUGAGCAGGAACUGGAGAGGACCAAUAAAUUCAUCAAAGACGUGAUCAAAGACGGCAACGCGCUUAUCAGCGCAAUGAGAAAUUACUCCUCUGCUGUUCAGAAAUUUUCCCAAACGUUGCAAUCCUUUCAGUUUGAUUUCAUUGGAGACACUCUGACUGAUGACGAGAUUAACAUUGCCGAAUCCUUCAAGGAAUUUGCCGAAUUGCUCAACGAAGUAGAAAACGAGAGGAUGAUGAUGGUACACAAUGCUAGUGAUUUGCUGAUCAAACCCCUGGAAAAUUUCCGGAAGGAACAAAUAGGCUUCACAAAGGAGCGGAAAAAGAAAUUUGAAAAGGAUGGAGAGAGGUUUUAUUCCUUGCUGGAUCGGCACUUACAUUUGUCUUCCAAAAAGAAAGAAUCUCAGUUACAAGAGGCAGACCUCCAGGUGGACAAGGAGAGACACAAUUUCUUCGAGUCGUCCCUUGAUUAUGUUUAUCAAAUCCAGGAAGUUCAGGAGUCUAAGAAGUUCAAUAUUGUCGAGCCCGUCUUGGCCUUUCUUCAUAGCCUCUUCAUUUCCAACAGCUUGACCGUGGAGCUCACACAGGAUUUCCUCCCAUAUAAACAGCAACUCCAGCUCAGUUUACAGAAUACAAGAAAUCAUUUCUCCAGUACCCGAGAAGAGAUGGAAGAACUUAAGAAAAGGAUGAAAGAAGCUCCACAGACAUGCAAACUUCCAGGACAGCCAACCAUCGAAGGCUAUCUCUAUACACAAGAGAAAUGGGCUUUGGGAAUAUCCUGGGUGAAAUACUACUGCCAAUAUGAGAAAGAGACCAAAACGCUCACCAUGACACCUAUGGAGCAGAAGCCAGGUGCUAAGCAGCAGGGACCCUUGGACUUAACCCUGAAGUACUGCGUGAGAAGGAAGACGGAGUCUAUCGACAAGAGAUUCUGUUUUGAUAUAGAAACUAAUGAAAGGCCAGGAACCAUCACUCUGCAAGCCCUUUCAGAAGCUAACAGAAGACUAUGGAUGGAGGCCAUGGAUGGGAAAGAACCUAUCUAUCACAGCCCUAUAACGAAACAGGAACAAAUGGAGCUGAACGAAGUGGGGUUCAAGUUUGUUAGGAAGUGCAUCAAUGUCAUUGAAACCAAAGGGAUCAAGACAGAGGGAUUGUACCGUACCGUGGGCAGCAAUAUUCAGGUUCAGAAGUUGCUGAAUGCCUUUUUUGAUCCUAAAUGUCCAGGAGAUGUUGAUUUUCAUAAUAGUGACUGGGACAUUAAGACAAUCACCAGCUCCUUGAAAUUCUACCUCAGGAAUCUUUCUGAACCUGUCAUGACCUAUAGACUUCACAAAGACCUGGUCUCUGCUGCCAAGUCUGACAACCUGGAUUAUCGGCUGGGAGCUAUUCAUUCCUUGGUAUAUAAGCUACCAGAAAAGAACCGAGAGAUGCUGGAACUUCUUAUAAGACACUUGGUCAAUGUGUGUGAGCACAGCAAAGAGAAUCUUAUGACCCCCUCUAACAUGGGGGUGAUCUUUGGGCCCACUCUCAUGAGAGCUCAGGAGGACACUGUGGCUGCCAUGAUGAACAUCAAAUUCCAGAACAUUGUGGUGGAAAUCCUAAUUGAGCACUUUGUCAAGAUUUAUUCAGGUCCACCUGAAGAAAGUACUGCACCUCCAGUUCCUCCACCUCGAGUGACAGCAAGAAGGCACAAACCAAUCACAAUUUCGAAGCGCUUGCUGAGGGAAAGGACAGUUUUCUAUACUUCUUCCCUGGAUGAAAGUGAAGAUGAAAUCCAACACAGAACACCAAAUGGUACUAUCAUCAGCAGUAUAGAACCCUCCAAGAUGACACAACACCCCAAAACGCCUAUACAGAGAAGUGGGGAAGCAGAUCAUGGGAGGAAAUCCCCAAGCUGGCCUGUUUCAGAUGGCAAGUUGGAAUCCUGCCUCGAGGUGGAUGUGGGGAAGUUGGUAUCCAGGCUGCAGGAUGGAGGCACCAAGGCCAUACCAAAGGCCACCAAUGGACCUGUGCCAGGCUAUGGGCCCACUAAGGCCUCCUCUUUCCAUGUAAAGAGACCAGCUCCUCGGCCCCUGGCUCACCACAAGGAGGGAGACUCUGACAGUUUCAGCAUAGUGCGGCCUCCAGGAGAAAAGCCAACCAUCAUCCGACCCCCAGUGAGGCCUCCAGAUCCUCCCUGCCGGGCAACAACUACCCAGAAACCUGAACCAAAGCCAGAUACAGUGACUGGCAAUGCAGGGGAAAUCCCAUCGUCUGUGGUGGCUUCCAGGACCAGGUUCUUUGAAAUAGCUUCCCGGAAAACAGGAAGUUCUCAAGGCAGACUUCCUGGAGAUGAGAGUUGAGGCCUCAGGUUUCAAAAGGCUUGGCCUCAGGGGACCCUUCCCAGGUUCUAGAAGAGUCUUCUUCAAACCCUUGUGUGCUGAAGAACAGAUCUUUCCUGGCCCUGCACCUUCAGGCUCUGGGAUGCUAUAAAAUAAGGGACACACGUCCUAGACACAAGUUUAUUUCUCCUUUGUACUCUGUCUUCAUUCCCUCAGAAGGUCUGUCUUGAGCUCCUAUAAGACUGUGAAUAGCUGAACUCCCUCAAGCCAGACUGCAGAAACUAAGCUAUCCACCAACCUGAGUCAAAGAGAGGAGCUCAGUUUUCAACUCUUCUCUGAACUUCCUGCCUCCUCAAAAGGCCAUCUAGCUCUGAAAGAUUUGGGGCUAAAGAUUGAUCUCAGAAGUCUUACCCUGAACCAGAAGUUACUUGAGUUGGGGCCAUUGCUUACCUUGGAAGUAGGGGAGUAGGAAUGUUUGCUGAACUUUCGAGAAUCUUAAUACGUCUCUUACUGAGGAUAUGGACCCUGGUGCCAGUUUGGAGCUUUGGCGCUGUAAUAUAUUGCCAAGAAUGUGUCUGCUUUUAUGAGACCAGACAGAACGAGUGAUGCCCCCACAAUCCCUCCAAGUGGACUCAGGAAGGUGGCCUUCCUGCUUUUGCAUACAGCUGCUUAAGACAAAUCUGCAAAGCAUGUUUUACAUGUCAAAGCCUAGGUCUGUUUGAAUUAUUCUUCCUCCUGUUUUCUCCUGACAGCUUCCUUUCCAAGCAAUCAAGAAAGAAACAAAAGCUGAAGACAGUUCUUUUAAAAAAGGCAGAAUGUGUUUGUUCUGCAGGAGUUCCAUUUUUGGGUCAAAUGCUGGGGAGAAUUGUUAAGAUGGAUUGAGGCCAGGCAGUUGUCACUGUUGCUUCAUGUCUGCCUUCUGCAGAUAAGCUGUUUUAUCACUUGAAAGAAACAGUUCUUAACCCAAUAUCUAUGGAUUCAGGAACUUCAUAAAGCCUCUGAAAUGGUAUGCCUUUUCAAUGUGCCUUUUCUGAGGAGAUGGUCCAUAACAUUCUAGUGAAUUUCAAAUUGGGCCUGUGACACAAUAAAGGUUAAGAACCACAGCCUUUGCGAUAAAAGACUCU